AUGAAGUUCCUCAGUAUCGUCGUCUUAUCCUCCCUCGGUGUAGCUCUCGGUAGUUCCAAAGAGUAUUGCCAGCAGCUUUGCGACGAGACUCCCUCCUGUGCCACUUCCAGCUGGGGUUCAUACUGCAAGGGUAACGGUGUAUGCUUCGGUCUCCUGCAGAAGGGUGACGCCGGUCUCUUGCCCAGUGGUGCCUCCAUCUUGUGA